GAGAGCGACUUUCACAAGCCUCGGGUUUAGGCUGGAAAUUCGUGCCUUGCAGAAAUAGCAUUCCCAGCCCGUCCAGGCGCGUCGCAUUGGCUCCAGUGGACGCAUUGGGCUUGGCCCGUCAUGAGAGCAGGUGUCGGUCCAGGAACUCCCAUGCAGUUCAUGCUGGCCGUCUGCCAUGGCGGACAACGCAUCGGUGAUGGCAAUGCGAUUGUCUCGAUGCAAAAGAUGUCUGGGUGGGCUACUUAAACCAGUCGACAGGAGAGUCCAGCGUGUUGUCCCAAUGCGUCUGCCAAUGCUCUCGACAUAGUGGCUUCAUCAACAUUGCUCAUACGUGCUGUCGGAUUGACGGCGUGCUAAAAGUGGUUCGACGGGUGGUGGCAAAGAACAGGCGACUCGGGAGAAACGGACGGAUUCCACUAGGAAGCGAAAUUGGUAAAAAGGGCCCACGCCGCCGGGUCCCAGUUGCUCGCGACAAGCCGAUCCCAUCAAACGUCUGACAAACCUCUGUCGAACAAAAAGGAGCCUCCAAAGGGCUUACUCAUUCGACGUUGGCCACGGGGUUUUUUCUUUUUUGCUUCUCGUCUGUCAACCAUCCUCUCUGGUCCCUUGGUCCCUCAAUCCGUUGCAUCGUCAAUUCCUCUCUUGGUUUCUGUUGUUCCAUGCACAGCGCGAAUUGCUAGCCUUCGACGCCCAAGCCUUACGACGCCACCGACUUCCGACUUAUCGAUAAAAGUGCCGUCCACGCACGCCCUGCACGUCCUCCUGCGCGCCCUGAAUCAUUGAUUCAAUUGUCCGGCGUUCCGCUCUCGUGAUGGUCGCCUCUCCGACCACCGUCAUGAUGUCGACCGCCGGUGUCAGCAACGGCACCAUGGUAUCGGAUCUGCCUCCCUUGCCCGCCUACUCGACGACUCCCAUACCUGACCUGCUGCCCUUCAUCUCCGACUUCUGGCUGGCGGUAGUCGGCCCACAUAUCGCUUACUGGGUCGUGUCUGGUAUCUUCCACAUCAUCGACGUCUAUGACCUGUUCCCACAGUACCGCCUGCACACCCCAGCAGAGAUAGCCCAGAGGAACCUUGCGUCCAGAUGGCAGGUGGCACGAGAUGUUAUUAUCGAGGAGAUCAUCCAGAUGUUCACCGCCGCUGUGCUGUCGCUCACUGAGCCUGCGCAGAUGACGGGCAUGGAGAACUACGACGUUGCCGUCUGGGCCACCAGGAUCCGUCUCGCGCAGAGGGCACUCCCUUCUGUGCUGGGCUUGGUCGGUCUCAAUGCAGCUGCCAUCUCCAAGAACAUGUCUGCCUCGCACCCACUGCUUGCCGGUGCCCUGGCCGGUGGCAAGUACCCGUUCUUGACGAGCAUCGACGCGACCACCGAUGUGUCGGUGCCGGCAUUCGCGACCUGGGAGCUGUUGCUGGCCAAGGCGAUUUACUGGCUGAUCAUCCCCGGAUUCCAAUUCUGGGUUGCCGUGGCCUUCUUGGACUCGUGGCAGUACUUCUGGCACCGUGCAAUGCACGUCAACAAGUGGAUGUACACUCAUUGGCACGCCCGUCACCACCGUCUCUACGUUCCAUAUGCCUACGGCGCACUGUACAACCACCCUGUCGAAGGCUUUGUACUUGACACCGCAGGCGCGGGUCUUGCUUACAAAUUAUCGAGGAUGUCACAACGAAUGUCCAUCUUCUUCUACAUGGGCAGCACCAUGAAGACUGUCGAUGACCACUGUGGCUACGCCCUACCCUGGGACCCUCUGCAGAACAUCACGAGCAACAAUGCCGCGUACCACGAUAUCCACCACCAGAGCUGGGGCAUCAAGACCAACUUUAGCCAGCCCUUCUUCACCGCUUGGGACCGGUGGCUUGGAACUAUGUGGCAGGGCGACACCACGCUGAAGUACGAGAGAACGAGGGAAAACGCCAAGCUGAAGAAUGAGAAGAAGACGGUUCAAGCCACGCAGUAAGGAGUCAACACCCAGCUCCCAAAUUGCUCCAGACCUUGGCGUUCAAAUUAUUCGGACUUUCCGUUCCCCACCACUCGUUGGACUGCGCUACUUUCAAAUAUUCUUUAGUAUCUCGCCCUUUUGAUGCUUGGAUUGACCAAAUGAGGCACAUGUUGAAAUUGAGGGAUGAAUACCGGGCAUCGGCACAGGGCGUUCUUGCUUCUAUUACCUUUCUAUUCCGAGGCGUGCUUCACAAGUCCAAUACCUCACCCAGAUCCAUAUGAUUACGUUCGACACUGUACAAAAUUGUUCCUCUCGGCGAAUUCUUCUUUCUCUUCUUUUUAAAAAGCGAGCAUUGGCUCCAUUGGACACGGCGAGGAUUGGACGGAUAGAUUCGUGAUACUGAGUAAUUAUAAUAGAGGUGGAGGGAGCCUGGGCUCCGUGUUGCAAUAACAGUACCCAAUUGUUAUCCCACCCAUUCUGUUCCUGUGAGUGAAGAGACCGAUCUGAUCUGGUGAUGUGGUGUCCACAGCGGCAUGGCCACUGGUCCUGGAGACGUGCAUCUCGUUUGUCCAAGAGACAGGCGCAAGUGCUGGACAAAGAACGUCACGUGGUCGUCGUUGGAAUUGACCUGCCCAGAGACUACAAAUAAAAUUCUAGCCAGGAAUGACAGUCCA